UUUAGUUUGUAAUCUCAAAAUUAUAUAAAGCAAUCUUUAAUUAAAGUAUAAUCACAAAACAAAAUUAAAUGGUUAAGCUAACAAUAAUUGGAAGAAUUAGAGAUGGCAUGCCAAUGUCACAAGGUCUAAGGUAUGCCAAUGAAGAUUACAACAACAUACCAUACUACAAACAACAAGCUGAAUUCAUUCUCAAAGAAAUCUCAAGAGGUUCUUUAGCACCUAAUCCAAAGAUGACCAUUCGCCUCGAUCAUCAACAUUCUUUCAAUUGUUUGGUAGCUUGUGGUGUUUGCUUCAUCACAUUGUGUGAUUCUUCAUAUCCAAGAACACUAGCCUUUCAUUACCUUGAGGAUUUGAGACAUGAGUUAGAGAAAUUUCAAAGCGAUCAACUUAUGGAUAAAAUUACUAGACCAUAUAGUUUUUUCAAGUUUGAUAGUGUGAUUAUCAACAUUAGGAAACAAUAUGUUGACACAAGAACACAAGCUAACCUAAAGAAGUUGAAUGCUAAUCGUGGACAAGAGAUGAGUAUAUCAAUAGAAACUAUGUCUGCAGUUAUAGAAAAUAGAAAGCAAUUAGAUUAUAUGGAAAGAGUUGUGAUGGCUGCUCCUCAAAUUGUUUCACCAAUAUGGGGUUCUCGGCGUCUUGAGAUUAUUGCGUUGAAAUGGACACCAAUUGGCAUUUCAAUUAGUGUUGUGGUGGUUCUUCUGCUGUGGGCGUCUUUGAUCAUGGCAGAUUACGUUGUCCUGUGCUCGUGACACAACGUUGCAGAAAUUCUCCAAUUGCGUGAAUAUAUAUAUAUAUGUGCUAUCUCUAAUGUCAAAUUGUCAACAAAUUUGAACGAACCAAGAUAAUUUCUCUUUAUCUUAUGGAGUGAGUUAACUUCCAAGUAGAUAAAGAAUAACAAUAAGAUUGUAUAUGCAAUACAAGGAAAUUUUCAUUAUGUGGCACAUUAUCUCUUAUAAAGAACAUAUACUAUUUUCCUUAAUUGGUUUAAGAAUCAAGAUAUACUUCCUUUC